UGCAGGGGCCAGCGCGAGCACGCCUCCCGCGGCCACGGCAUCCCAAAGCAGAAACGGCCUGUGCGAUACAUAAAUCUUGGUAGACAGCGUGGCCGCAGGCUGUGGAGCUGGAAUUCCCUGCGGCUUUCUGAGCCCGGACGCCUGUUUGGAGGCUGCGUCCAGCCUGCAGUCUGCAUCAUGCCAGCGUUGUCAGCAGGAUCUGGUAGUGACACAGGUCUGUAUGAGCUGCUGGCUGCUCUGCCAGCCCAGCUGCAGCCACAUGUGGAUAGCCAGGAAGACCUAACCUUCCUCUGGGAUACGUUUGGUGAAAAAAGCCUGCAUUCACUGGUAAAGAUUUAUGAAAAACUACACUACUAUGAGAGGCAGAAUCCUGUGCCCAUCCUCCACGGCGCAGCAGCCUUGGCUGAUGAUCUGGCUGAAGACCUUCAGAACAAGCCAUUAAACAGUGAGAUCAGAGAGCUGUUGAAACUACUGUCAAAACCCAAUGUGAAGGCUUUGCUCUCUGUGCAUGACACUGUGGCUCAGAAGAAGUAUGAUCCAGUAUUGCCUCCUAUGCCUGAUGAUAUUGACGAUGAGGAAGACUCAGUGAAAAUCAUCCGUCUGGUCAAAAAUAGAGAACCUCUGGGAGCCACCAUCAAGAAAGAUGAACAGACUGGGGCCAUAGUUGUGGCAAGAAUCAUGAGAGGAGGGGCUGCAGAUAGAAGUGGUCUUAUUCAUGUUGGUGAUGAACUUAGGGAAGUGAAUGGGAUUCCAGUUGAGGAUAAAAAGCCUGAAGAAAUUAUUCAGAUUUUGGUAACUGGUUUCAGAAGAAGUUUCCGCCUUAGUAGAAAAGAUAAGAAAACAAAUAAAUCCAUGUAUGAAUGCAAGAAGAGUGAUCAGUAUGAUACAGCUGAUGUACCCACAUAUGAAGAAGUGACCCCCUAUCGGCGGCAAAUGAAUGAGAAAUACAGACUUGUUGUCUUGGUUGGUCCUGUAGGUGUAGGUUUGAAUGAACUGAAACGAAAACUACUGAUCAGUGACACACAGCACUAUGGAGUGACGGUGCCCCACACUACUAGAGCAAGAAGAAGCCAGGAGAGUGAUGGUGUUGAAUAUAUUUUCAUUUCCAAGCAUUUGUUUGAGACAGAUGUGCAAAAUAACAAGUUUAUUGAAUAUGGUGAAUAUAAAAACAACUACUAUGGCACAAGUAUAGACUCAGUUAGGUCUGUCUUAGCUAAAAACAAAGUUUGCUUGUUGGAUGUCCAGCCUCAUACAGUGAAGCAUUUAAGGACACUAGAAUUUAAGCCCUAUGUGAUAUUUAUAAAGCCUCCAUCGAUAGAGCGCUUGAGGGAGACGAGAAAAAAUGCAAAGAUUAUUUCAGGCAGAGAUGACGAGGGUGCCGCAAAGCCCUUUACAGAAGAAGACUUUCAAGAAAUGAUUAAAUCGGCACAGAUAAUGGAAAGUCAGUAUGGUCAUCUCUUUGACAAAAUUAUAGUUAAUGAUGAUCUCAACAUGGCAUUCAAAGAGCUAAAAACAACUUUUGACAAAUUGGAGACAGAGACUUAUUGGGUCCCAGUGAGCUGGUUACAUUCAUAA